AUGAAGACAAAACUAAUUUUAUUAAAUGCUUUAGUUUUAUUGUUAAUAAUUUUAUUAAUAAUAAGCGACUCAUUAGGCAAAGAGAUUGAUACACAAAAUAUUCAAGAUACUCAAGAUAUUCAAAAUGUUCAAGAUAUUCAAGAUAUUGUAAGUGAUGGUCAAAGAAAAACCAGUGAAUCCAAUGGAAGCCAUAAAGGCAAUAAUGAUUAUGUAGAUUUCCCAAUAAAGAGCAGUAGUACUAAAUAUAGCUCAAAUUAUGAUAGAGGUAAAAUGAGAGACACCAGUGAUUUAAAUAAGAAUAGAAAAGCAAAAAGUCAAAUCAAUAAUAAAUCAACAAACUAUUUUCAAAAAGAGUAUAAGAAAAACUCAAAGUUUUUAAGAUCUAGGCAAAAGGCACCAAAACAAGUGAAUUUAUCAAAGGAGUAUCAAUCAAGAAACAGAAAAAUGGCAAAAAAUAGAAAGAUGAAUCAAAACCCAAGCAGAAGCAAAGAAAAAGACUGGAAAUAUAAUGAUCAUGAUGAUCAUCACAAAAAGGAUGAAUAUGGUAGAAGAUAUAAAAAAAGCAACAAAUAUGAAAACCAUAAAUCGAGUUAUUAUUAUAACAGAUAUAAUGACAGAAACAAAAAUCGUGAUGGUAGGGAUAUUAAAACCCAUAGAGAGAAUAAUUAUAGAGCAUACUCAUCAAAAAAGUUUCCAAACAUCGGAGAAAACAAUAAUAAAACAGUAACAUAUCACUUUAAUAACAAGAAUUCAAGCAAUUGUACAGUUUCAAUGGAUAAUAAAAAAUUAUCAGCAGUAAUUAAAGAAGAAAAAUAUAUUGAGCUAAACUGGCCAUGGAAUAAAAAUGAUCAAUUAGUUUAUACUGUGCCAAAAAGCAAAAAAACCAAACUUUAUAACGAAGGCAACAAUAGUUAUUAUACAUUGCUAGGAAUUAAGUUUAUAAAUAAAAAUGAAGAAGAGUACAAGAUGAUCAGAUUCUCAAACUGUCUUAUAAAUUCAAAUCCAGAGGAAGAGAAUAUUCUAGAGGCAUUUACCUAUAAUAAUCAUUUAUUCAUUGAUAAAUCAUUCAAUGAGUUUGGCAAAGAGCUCUCAUGGAGUUAUGUUAUAGAUAAUGUUAAAUAUAAGAUCCAGCCAGGAUUUAAAUACGAAAUUUCAACGUUGAAUAACAAGAAUUAUUAUACAAUUUACCAUGAUAGAGGGAUUGUAUUUUAUGAGUUUGGAUUAAAAUUUUUUAUCGGAUGUUUCUUGAUCGAAAGAGAGAAAGGCAAUGAAAUAGUCAAGACAAUGGAGAAUCACUUGGUGAUUGAUCAAACCAAUUCGCUAUUCCAAAAUGGACCAGUCAGAUUAAAUAGCCACGAGGAUGUGGAGGAAUACUGCCAGCCAAACAUCUUGAUCAAAGAGCAGCCAGGACAGGACAAAUUGAAAAUUGAUGGCAAUUCCAUCGAAAACACAAACGACAAUCACCAACUCAACCAAACGUUUGCUGGUUUUGACGUUGUGUAUGAUUUCAACGAGUUUGGGUUCUUCGACGUGGAAAUUAGUAACAGCUUUGAAACAAACGUAGAGAGCCAGUAA